AUGUCAGCCUUUUUAACACCCAAGAUUCAUCUUGUUGGUGAUGUUUCGUCGACGAUGGAUGUUGUGCGAGAGAUGCUGGCUGCCUCUCCAUCGGACACCGAACCUUUUGCAGUGUUAGCUGAGUCCCAAUCCUCAGGCCGUGGCACUACAGGCAGGCAAUGGUCGUCGCCACGGGGAAACAUGUAUUUUUCGUUGUGUCUUCCCACUACAUUGGUUGCAGCAGAAUUCCUCCCUGUUUUGCCGCUUGCCACGGGCCUUGCUUGCCGCGCUGCUAUUAUGGAGUUGGUCGAAGGCGCUGUUGUACACGUAAAAUGGCCAAAUGACAUCAUUUACGAUGGAAAGAAAAUCGGUGGGAGCAUUGCGGAGUGCGAGGGAGAACACUUAAUUGUUGGGAUUGGGAUAAACAUCGAAGUGGCUCCGCCUGUACCUGAUGGAGGCCGGCCGUCAUAUGCUGUUAAUUCGAUUGCCUCGGUACUCGGAAAGGGGGCUGUGACACCGCAGUUGUUGGCGGAAGCCGUAUGGCGUAACUUUUUCUCUGCUGUUGCAGAUCAGGGAUUCAAACGGCCUGAACUAAUUAAGCAAUUUGAGGCGGCAAUGGACAAGAGCCUCGUGCUUCACAAGCGAACACCCACGGGACGUGACCCCAUGCCUUUGCACGCCUUGAAGUUGAAUGAGUGGGGCCACCUCGUCGUGGGGCGACCGGACGGCUCCGAAGAGGUGCUUGUGGCGGAGUACCUUUUUUAA